GGUCGUGCAGCGCGGAUCGGAACAGUUUGCCUUGCGGUGUGCGUAAGAGUGCGGCGCCGCCAUGUCGCGGAAGCUGCUUAAGUUCCUCAUCCUGUUCGACAACACGAACCUACUCUACUUCCCCGGCCAGUUCCUGUCGGGGCGCGUGCUCAUGGAACUGGAAGAUGAGACACCUGCUCUGGGUCUGCACUUCCACGUGGUGGGCGAGGGCGUGGUGCGCCUGAAGGGAGCGCGCGCCGCACGCAUCUACGAGAGGGAGAGCUACAUAGACUUCCGCAUGCGCCUGCUCGGCGAACCAGGUCAGCGCGGCGCCGUAAUGCUGUCUGCGGGCAUCCACAGCUUCCCGUUCAAGCUGGGCCUGCCGCUGGGGCUGCCCUCGACGUUCCUGGGCCAACACGGCUGGGUGCAGUACUUCUGCAAGGCGGCGCUGCGCCAGCCCUCCGGCCUCACGCACAAGAACCAGCAGGUCUUCAUCGUCAUGAACCCCAUAGACCUCAACCUCGAGCCCGCCGCCCUCGCCGAGCCGUUCCAGUGCGAGGUGGAGCACCAGCUGGGCGUGCGCUGCCUCAACUCGGGGCCCGUCGUUUGCCGCGUCUCGCUGGACCGCGGCGGGUACGUGCCCGGCGAGACCAUCGGCAUCUCGGCCAGCGUGCACAACCGGAGCCGCGUCACCAUCAGCUCCACAAAGGCCUGCCUCACCGAGACAAUCCAGUAUGUGUCACGCAAUAAAGUGGUGCAGACAGAAACUCGUGAGCUGGCAGCUCUGAGUCGCGGUAAGGUGCGGCCUGGGGACUCGGACGAGUGGCGCGGAGAGCAGCUGUACGUGCCGCCACUGCCGCCCACCAAUCUGCGUGGCUGCCACCUCAUCAACGUCCAGUAUGAUGUCUAUUUCAUCGUAGAACCAAAGAGCCUGGAUAAGGAGAUUAAGGUGCAACUACCCAUAAUGCUUGCCACCUAUCCAUUUAGAAAUCAAGAGGGCACACUGCAGCGUAAACAAGGCACCCACUAUCCAUCGACACUGCCCAUUUUCCGACCAUGGCUUGAAGAGAAGACAUUUGACUGAAAUAGCACUGGUAAAGACUGUGCUUGCAAAUUUGUCAUAAAUAACAAGUGCACCUCUUCUGAAGUCCUUCAUUUAUUGCUGUGAUGAGAUAUGUAGACCCAAGAGAUGUGUCUGUCUGUAGCAGUGCAGGUCACUGUACUAACUGUUUGCAAUGCUAGAAAGUUUCUACCCAUAGUAAAUGAUCUCUUGUAAUCAGUUUACUAGACAGAUUUUGAUUAGCAACUGGAGUGGAUGAAAUGUUUUUUCAAAGGCAGUUUGAGUAUUAUUGAUCAAAUGUUAAAAACACUAAGUAAUGUAACAAGAGUUAUUUAGAUGGAUAACUAAUAUUUAGUGGUUUAGCUUUAAAAACAAUACCAACAGAACAGCAUUAUCAUUUGUGAGAUCUGUUGUCUCAUGUACAUGUGAAUACACCUCCGUAAAUUCAUACGUAAAAAAAAAAAAAAAAACAUGUUCACAUUUAUGUUCUUAAUCCUAACUAAACAUGUAAUAAGUGAAAGUAUUUAUUGUACAAAGUAACUAUUCAUUUAUCAAGAAAAAAGUUGGACACAUUUAUUUAGUAUAUCUGUCCAUAUUAUUAGCAUCAUAGGACAGUGCCAUUAACUAUAAUAUUGACCUGUAACAACUAUCAUAUCACUGUAAUACUUAUAAACUAGUCUUCAGUCAUGAAUUC